GAGUGCGUGCGUGCUAGUGUGCGUGUUCUCGCGCUUGUGUGUUUCUGGUUGCAAGUGAGCGUGUUCUUGUGACAUUGAUGAUAUCCGGUCCGGGUGGAGAUUACUGGUAACCUUUUUCUGUCCCGCUGGCAGGCUUACCACGUGACCGCUCGGGUCCUGAUGCUGCUGUCACCAGGGGUUAUGUGCAAGAAGCUCAUUGGGGCCACGUGCAAGUCGCGUAAACGGGCGCGUAGCCGCCGUGGUUGAACCCCCCCACCUCCCCUUUUCUCUGCCAGUGAAAAGCCCCGCUUCGCUAGGGCAGGCCGAGGUAGCAGCUCGCAGCUCGGCUGUGAAACACGGAAACUCGUGCGGCAGAUUAAAACGAUGUAGGCUCCAGCGAGGACGGAGGAGAGGAGGACACACACAACCCGAGCGGGACGUUGAGAUUAUCGAAUUGUGGCGUUGCGUAGUUUUAGGGAUUUCUUUUAAAUGGGAAAUCGGAUGGGCAGUUGGCGUUACAAGGAGCCGAGCACAGUGGAGGAAUGCGACUCGACGUGGGGGUCGGACUCGGAGAGCGACGACCCGCCGGUGGAGGCUGCAGAAGGCAGCGGCAUCUCCGGGUCUGUCGGUCCGGCCGAGAUGGGUCGAUGCUCGGUCGACCCCGGCGACAUGUCCCUGCAGCUGUCAGAAUCUCCACAGUCCGCCCCGAAAAUGAAGAGGAGCUUCUACGCUGCCAGAGAUCUAUACAAGUACCGACACAGCUACCCGAACUACAAAGAGUCCAGGCAGCCGAGUGAAUUCCGCAACCUGCGCUUUUACCUGAACAAGAUCCCUCUGAUUCCAGAUGGCAUCUACAUAGAGGAGAUUCUCACAAAGUGGAGAGGAGACUACGAUAAACUGGAGCACAACCACAAUUACAUCCAGUGGCUUUUCCCGUUAAGGGAACAAGGGCUUAACUUCUACGCACAAGAACUGACUCAGGACGAGAUCAAAGAAUUCCAAACUACUCGAGAAGCCAAGCGGCGUUUCUUAGCGGCCUACGCGCUGAUGCUGGAAUUCUACGGCGUGCGGUUACUGGAUAAGAGCGGCAGCGUUGCCCGCGGUCCCAACUGGCAGGACCGUUUCCAGCACCUCAACGAGUCGCAGCACAACUAUCUCCGCAUCACGCGCAUCCUCAAGUCCCUGGGCGAGCUGGGCUACGAGGCCCUCAAGGGCCCGCUGGUGCGGCUGAUGCUGGAGGAGUCGCUGCUCCACGCCACCCUGCCCAACAUGCAGCACAGCGCGCUGGAAUACUACGUCUACACCAUCCGCCGGCCGGCCACGCGCCGACAGCUCCUCCGCUUCGCCCGGCAGCACUACCGGCCCGCCCACGCCUUCCUGUGGGGGCCGCAGCCCAAGAGGCGCGGGGGGGCAGCAGGGGGCGGAGGGGGAGGGGGUGGAGACGACGACGACGACGAUGACGGAGGCGCCGGGAACAGCGGGAUUCGGGCGCCCGCCCCGACGCCGGAGCACCGCAGAGGGGCCGGGGACGCGGGCGCCGACUGUAUGCCGCCGUUUUCCCGCCCUCCCAGCCUGCUGGCCGGCCUCGAGGGGUUGACGGCUGACCAUGGACUCUUAAAGGCCAACAUGCCCCAGAGCAGCCUGAACACAGCCAAGAGGUUAAGACUCACCAGAAACCUCCCGUUCUCAAUGUGGAACCAGCCACACAGGUGA